AUGGCAGCCAGCAUCCCCGCUAAGCUGAAGCAGGCAGGCAUCACACCAUUCGUCAUUCGCGCCGCCCAACUUGAGAAAGCAAGACCUGUCAUUUCAUACUGGUGCGAAUAUUGGGUGGUGAACCAGAUCCUCUCCAAGCAGCUUCAUAGUGCCGACGAAGAAUGCCUUCAGUUCACCACGACCUUGAUGGACAAGCUCGAGCAGACCAAAGAAAAGCACGCAGGAAACGAUGCGAUCCUCGAUGACACCGCAGGCCAGGCAUACGUUGAGCAGUUUGCGCAGGAGACAUUCGAGCGAGCAGACCGGACUUUGAAAGCCAACAAAGUCUCUCAACAAACCGCUAUUACCUUCGAAGCCGCUUCCACAUUUUUCCAAUUAAUCAACAUUUGGCAGAUACCUGAUGCAGAAACACAAAAGAAGAUUAAGUUUUCUAAAUGGAACGCGGCGAGGAUACUGAAGGCGAUCAAAGAGGGAAAAGACCCGAACGAGUCAAACCCGACGCCGGAGGAGGCGAAGACGGAAGAAACACCAGCCCUCGAUCCCAAUGACCCAGAAGUUCUGGCUCUGGGCCAGCCGCGGCCCGUGACCGUCGAGGAAGUGCCAGAUGAGGAUAGAAAGACACAUCUGGAGCCUCGUGCAUCUGUAGGGGAUUCGCAUUACUCCCCUGUUCCUGUGUCUGCGCCCACUUCACCACCGCAAGGAUCGGCACCAGCACCAGAGCAGGUAUCGCCGAUUGUGCCACCAGACCAGUCGAUGCCUGAUAGCUAUUUCUCGUCUGCACCAUCGGGGCCUGCCGGAGGCGGCGCCGGAGACGGAGAUCUACAACUACCCUCUGCCCCGGGCAUGGAGCCAGGAAGUCCCAAUGAUGGCGCUCCAAGCCCACCGACUACACUCCCCAGUCUGGGGCCCUCUGCGCCGAGUCUCCCAGAUACGCCACAAAACUUCUAUCGUCCGACUGCUCCUUCCGUGCCGUCCCAACCGCCUCCAGGAGCUGCCCCUACACCGCCGGUUCUGCCUCCACAGCAACACCAACCGUACCAACCUCCAGUCAACAACUAUUCUCAACAACCUCCGCCUUCUCAACCAGUCGCGCCGACCACUACCUUUUCGCCGCCACCCCAAUUAUUACCCCCUGCCCAGCCCGCGUCAAGCUAUAGUGGUGCUCCACCUACGAACAGUGUCUAUGUCGCCGAUGAAGUGGCCAUGAUGCAGGCGCAGAAGCAUGCCAAAUGGGCCAUCUCGGCACUAAACUUUGAGGAUGUGCCUACUGCAGUACGGGAGCUCAAGGCAGCCUUGCAAACUCUUGGUGCUGGCCAAUAA